AAACAAUGUGUUACGGAGGAGAUUCAGUAAUUCGUCCACUAAUUCCACUUCAACCAGUGAGACCAGCACAAACAUCUCCAUCGGGAUUUGGGACUCCAUGAUCAAUCUGCAAUCAAAACUCUUCAAAUUCAGGAUCUCGACCCUCAAUUCCUGCAAUAUUGUUCCCUCAGGGCCUCCAUCAUAUCAUACUCGCAGCCGUUCGCCUCAAGAACGCCCGAGAAAGAUCUUCAAGCGCAAGCCAAUCCCUUUCAUUGCAGAUCUGAAGCAAACCAAUGUAGCAGAAGAUGUCAUCUCCCUCUUCCACGACUACCAGCGAUCGACGGUCUCCAAGCACGACUACCCUUCAUACUCCUCUGCAAUCUACAAGCUCGCGAAGCUCCGGAGCUUCGAUGGCGUGGAUACCCUUCUCGGUCGCCUCAGAGCUCACAAUAUCCGUUGUGGGGAGAGCCUCUUCGUCGGGCUGAUCGGGCACUACGGGAAGUGUGGGCUUGUAGAUAGAGCGAUUCAUCUUUUCCACGAGAUGGAUGUCUCUUUCAACUGUGUUCGCUCGUUGCAGUCCUUCAAUGCCAUUCUCAAUGUGCUGGUGGAGAAUCGGAGGUACUGCGAAGCUCAUGACAUUUUUAGGGAUUCUCGCAGGUUAGGGUUCCGCCCCAAUUCGGUUUCCUUCAACAUCAUGAUCAAGAUGUAUCUGGAGAAGGGCGAACCCGAAAACGCCCGCGAGGUGUUCGAUGAAAUGCUUGGUAGAGAAGUUGAGCCCACUGUCGUAACGUACAAUACUCAAAUCGGGUUCUUGUGCAAAAGGGGUGAGUUUGAAAAGGGAAAGCUUCUGUUUGAGGACAUGGUGAGGAAAGGGAAGAAGCCGAAUGAGGUCACCUAUGCUCUGCUGAUGGAAGGGCUCUGCAUUUUGCAGAGGUUCAAUGAUGCCAAGAAGAUGAUGUUUGAUAUGGAAUACCGGAGCUGUAAACCUCGGGUUCUUAACUAUGGUGUUUUGAUUAGUGACCUCGCAAAGAGAGGAGAGAUAGGAGAGGCGAAACGUCUCCUGGUUGAGAUGAAGAAAAGGCACGUCAAACCAGAUGCUGCGAUCUAUAACGUGUUCAUCAGUUACUUUUGCAGAGAAGAUAGAGCCGAUGAAGCUUACAGAGUCUUAGUUGACAUGCAAAUUGCAGGUUGCAGACCUGUUGCAGCCACAUACAGAAUGGUGUUUGAUGGGUUCUGCAAGACUGGGGAUUUCGGAGAAGGUUUGAAGGUUUUCAAUGCAAUGUCGACGAGCGGGCACUUUCCACGCACCGAAACACUUUGUUGUCUGGUGAUGGGCUUGUUAGAGCUUGGGAAGGUUGAUGAUGUGAGCUUCAUUUUAGAGGAAAUGGUGAAGAAGAAAAGGGUGUUUGAUUUCAAAUCAUGGGAAGCUAUUGUCAAGGAUUCUUGUGCUCAAGAUAAAUCAUUUGACAACCUUAUAACUGAAAUUUUGUCUUAUUGUGUAAAUUAAUGGGAUUGCAUUGCAUAAAUGAAAUUGUCUGUUGUAGAUUUGGUGUGUCCAUUUACUAGUUAAAAGAAAGAUAUUCAUUUUGUAUGUUUCUUUAUUUGCAUACACUCAGAACAAACAUGCAUAUUAUGAAAUUGUAUGAAAUUGAUGUAUGCAUAUUUAAUAAUUGCAUCACUUCUAAACAAUUAAAGAUAACAAAUGAAAUUGCAAAAAAAAUCAAAUACUUGUAUUGAU